AUGCUGCUUGAUUUGGUUGAGGACCUCGGCGAAAGCAUUGUCACUGAAAUUGGGAGAUCGGACGGCAUCGUCCGUGAAGUCUUCCACCAGAAAGCACUGCUCAGGUUUCAGAAGUUUGAACUUGCUUUCGUUGCCGGCCACGAAAAGAACGGCGUUGCGGUUCCGUCCGGCCUUGACCGCCACAUCGGGGCUGAAGACAUGUUUUCGGUCGCGUGUAUUCUUAUACACGGAACUGCUUCCAACAUCUGCUUCGCAAUCUUCUUGAGUGAAGCACCAAAAGAAGCGCUCGCGACCUCGACAGAAGUGCUUCAGCUUGUGAAACUGAAUGGGCCCUCCCUGCCAACAUCAUCGGACUUCUCGCCCCUUGACGGACAACUCAACCUCUUGUAUUGGUCUUCGUCCAGUGCGCGAUGA